GAAGUGAUGCAGUGUCUCAUUAGCUUGACAGUGGAGUGAAGAUGGCGACGUACAGUCGCUCUCGGCUGCUGUUGCCGCUGCUGCUCUUAUCCUCCGUGUAUCUCUGCGGCUUCGGCUCCGUCCUCGGCUUGAAGGCGGCCAGCGGACCGGGCGAGCCGCAGAACCCGCCCCACCUGCGGGCCGUGGAUCCGCCGGCCAAGGAUGCACCUGCCGCCGCUGGGGCCUCUCAGCCUCGAAGGGCGACGGGUUGGAAGCUGUCGGAGGAGGAGGCCUGCCGGGAGGACCUGACUCGCCUCUGUCCCAAACACACCUGGACCAACAACCUGGCCGUGCUGGAGUGCCUGCAGGACCGCAGAGAGGAAACCGAUAUUGCCCCUGACUGCAACCAUCUCCUGUGGAACUACAAACUGAACCUGACAACAGAUCCGAAGUUCGAGUCUGUGGCCAUGGAGGUCUGCAAGAGCACCAUCGCUGAGAUAAAGGAGUGCAACGAAGAGGAGCGGGGGCGGGGCUACCUGGUGUCCUGCCUGGUGGAUCACCGCGGCAACGUCAGCGAGUACCAGUGCAACCAGUACAUCACCAAGAUGACCAGCAUCGUCUUCAGCGACUACCGGCUGAUCUGCGGCUUCAUGGACAAAUGCAAGGAGGACAUCAACAACCUGCACUGCGGCAGCAUCAAUGUGGGACACAAGGACGUCCACUCCCAGGGCGAAGUCAUCGCCUGCCUGGAGAAGGCGUUGGUGAGCGAGGCGGAGCACCAGGACCGAGCUCGUCCAAUCAAAGAGGAGUGUCAGAAAGCCAUCCUGCGGGUGGCGGAGCUGUCGUCGGACGACUUUCACCUCGACCGCCACCUUUACUUCUCCUGCCGGGACGACCGAGAGAGGUUCUGUCAGAACACUCAGGCUGGAGAAGGAAAAGUCUACAAGUGUCUGUUCAAUCACAAGUUUGAAGAGGCCAUGUCGGAAAAGUGUCGUGACGCUCUCACCACCCGCCAGAAGCUGAUCUCACAGGACUACAGGGUCAGUUACUCUCUGGCUAAAGCCUGCAAGCUGGACCUGAGGAAGCAGCGCUGCAGCCUGGACACGAACCUGCCGCGAGCCCGCGAGGCCAGACUGUCCUACCUGCUGCUGUGCCUGGAGGCCGCCGUGCACCGGGGUCGUCCCGUCAGUGGCGAGUGUCAGGGGGAGAUGCUGGACUACAGGCGGAUGCUGAUGGAGGAUUUCUCCCUGAGUCCGGAGAUCGUGCUUCACUGCCGGACGGAGAUCGAGGCCCACUGCUCCGGUCUCCACCGCAAAGGCCGCACGCUGCACUGCCUGAUGAGAAUCGGCCGCGGCGACAGAAGCGCCGCCGUCGACAGCGUCUGUCAGAGCGCGCUGCAAACUCUGAUCCAGUCUGCCGACCCCGGAGCCGACUACCGGAUCGACCGAGCGCUCAACGAGGCCUGCGAGUCCGUCAUCCAGACGGCCUGCAAACACAUCCGCAACGGAGACCCGAUGAUCCUGUCAUGUCUGAUGGAACAUCUGUACACAGAGAAGAUGGUGGAGGACUGUGAACAUCGGCUGCUGGAGCUGCAGUAUUUUAUAUCCAGAGACUGGAAACUGGACCCCGUCCUGUAUAAGAAGUGUCAGGGCGACGCCGCCCGGCUCUGUCACACCCACGGCUGGAACGAGACCAGCGAGCUGAUGCCGCCGGGCGCCGUCUUCUCCUGCCUCUAUCGCCACGCCUACCGCACCGAGGAGCAGGGACGACGGGAAAAUUCAGGCGAGGAGUUAUCUCGGGACUGUAAAGUGGAGGUUCAGAGGAUUCUCCACCAGAGGGCGCUGGACGUGAAGUUGGACCCGGAGCUGCAGAAACGCUGCAUGACCGACCUCGGCAAGUGGUGCAGCGAGAAGACGGACACUGGACAGGAGCUGGAGUGUCUGCAGGAUCAUCUGGAGGACCUGGUGUCCAGCUGCAGGGAGGUCGUCAGCAACCUGACAGAGCUGGAGUCAGAGGACAUUCAGAUAGACGCUCUGCUCAUCAGAGCCUGUGAACCCGUCAUCCAGGCCCACUGCCACGAUGUAGCCGAUAACCAGAUCGAUACGGGUGAUCUGAUGGAGUGCUUGGUUCAGAAUAAACACCAGAAGGAGAUGAACGACAAGUGCACGGUCGGCGUUACACACUUCCAGCUGGUCCAAAUGAAGGAUUUCCGGUUCUCCUACAAGUUCAAGAUGGCCUGCAAGGAGGACGUCCUGCGCUUGUGUCCAAACAUCAAGAAAAAGGUGGACGUCGUGAUCUGUCUCAGCACCACGGUGAGGAACGAUACGCUGCAGGAGGCCAGGGAGCAGCGGGUUUCCCUCAAGUGUCGCAAACAGCUGCGGGUGGAGGAGCUGGAGAUGUCUGAAGAUAUUCGGUUGGAACCAGAGUUGUAUGAUCCCUGCAAGUCCGACAUCAGUCGCCUGUGUCCCAACGUGGCCUUCGGUAACGCUCAGAUGAUCGAGUGUCUGAAGGAGCAGAAGAAGCAGCUGAGUCAGCACUGCCACCAGAGGAUCUUCAGGCUGCAGGAAGUGGAGAUGAGCGACCCCGAGCUCGACUACCAGCUGAUGAGAGUUUGCAAGCAGAUGAUCAAGCGCUUCUGUACCGAAGCGGACGCCAGGAACGUCCUCCAGUGUCUGAAGCAGAACAAGAACAGCGAGCUGAUGGAUCCCAAGUGUAAACAGAUGAUCACCAAGAGGCAGAUCACACAGAACACAGACUACCGGCUGAACCCGGUGCUGAGGAAAGCUUGCCGAGCCGACAUCCCGAAGUUCUGCCAGUCCAUCCUGAACAAGGCGAGCGAGGACAGCGAGCUGGAGGGUCAGGUCAUCGCCUGCCUCAAACUCAAAUACGCCGACCAGAGGUUGUCUCCAGACUGUGAAGACCAGAUCAGAGUGAUUCUCCAGGAGUCGGCGCUCGACUACAGACUGGACCCACAACUGCAGAUGCACUGUUCAGAUGAGAUCUCCAGAUUGUGUGCGGAGGAGGCGGCAGCUCAGGAGCAGACGGGUCAGGUGGAAGAGUGUCUGAAAGUCAACUUGUUGAAAAUCAAACAGGAGGCCUGUAAAAAGGAAGUCCUGAACAUGCUGAAGGAGAGUAAGGCGGACAUCUUCGUGGACCCCGUCCUCCACACGGCCUGCGCUCUCGACCUCAAGCAUCACUGCGCCGCCAUCACACCGGGCAGAGGACGACAGAUGUCGUGUCUGAUGGAGGCGUUGCAGGACAAGAGGGUUCGUCUGCAGCCUGAGUGCAAGAAAAGGCUUCAAGACCGUAUCGACAUGUGGAGCUAUGCUGCAAAGGUGGCGCCGGCGGAGGGCUUCUCAGACCUGGCCGUCCAGGUGAUGACGUCCCCCUCCAAGAACUACAUCCUGCUGAUGAUCGCACUGAGCGUGUGCGUCCUCUUCCUGGUGGGGCUGCUGUGCGGUCGCAUCACCAAGCGAGUGACCAGAGAGCUGAAGGACCGGUAGAGGACGAGGACGAGCCCCCGACGCUUCAGAAAGGACUGACUCCUCGCUCCCUCCCCCUCCUCCUCCCCCCUCCUCCCCCUGGAUCUGUAACCAGCCGACCUGCACAGUGCCAACACCACAUCUGGAUCCCCUCCUCCUCCUCCUCCAUCUAAAUCCUGCGUCUCCAAACUGGGGGAGCACUUAUCAAAGAGUUUUUCCUCGCUCGUAUUUUCCCCCCCUUUCUCCCCUCCCCUCCCCUCCCCGCUACCCCCCCCCCACCCCCACAAACGAAUCUGCUUCUGCUGCCGAUGUUGUUUGGGGUCGGAUGCGAGGUCGUCCAGCAUCUUUUAAGUUUCUAAAUAAGCGCUGUUCAUGAUGUGACUGAGGGCUGCUGCUUCUGAGGGUAGGAUGCUUUCGGCCCCGACGCUUUUCUUUUUCUUUUCUUUUCUUUCGGUGAUAUAUAACAGAGACCGGAGCACGAAGAGCAACAGGUUUUCUUUUUACUUUUUUUUUGUUUUUUUGUGACUGCAGUGGCCUGAAAUGCACACGUGGAAUCUUAUGAGGCAAAACUUUGUUGCUGUUGAAUUAUGAGCGUUUGGUCCCGUCCUCUCCACAUACUCUGUGUCUGCAUCGGGACCAGCUCCACUUCACUUGCUACAGACUGAGAACGAAGGUCAAGCUGGUCUCAUCGUGGUCAUCAACAGGAAUGUCGUGUGCAUAUUUUUUGGUUUUUUUAAUUUAAACGCUGAUUUGUUUGCACUUUUAUUCUUUUUUUUUUUUUACGUUCAUGCCUUAUUUAUUGCUGAUUAAUAAUCUGAUCCUGAUAUUCGGACGUUGUUUGACGGUAAAAACAGAGCAGCUCGUGGAGAUGAGGUUGACCAGUAUCGUUCACAUCCUUUGCUUCGUUAGCUGAAGGAUUUCAUGUAAAAACAUGUAGGUUUUAGAUUCACAGGAAGUUCCUUUUAAAGCUAAGCUAAGCUAAGCUAAGCUAACUGCCGUCCGGAUCCACCUGCCCAGAACCAAACAGACAAAUAAGUGACAGAAAAUAUCACAGAAAGUAACUUGGAGUUGCCGGAACCAAUAAUGGAUGUUUAACUUUGCACUUAAAUUAAUCGCAUCUGCAGAGUCUCAUUUAUUAUUUUGUAAAAAAUAAAUAAAUAAAUAAUUAUUUUGCAUCUUAGUUUUACUGUAAAUUCAUUUCUGUGAAUGGUUAAGAACACACAGUAUUUAUUUCAUUUAUUAAUAAUGAAUUAAAGCUCAUCCUCUAAUUAAAUGGUCGCUAAAGGUUUCGGUGCAGAUUAAAACACGACAUUAGUGAAAUUUUAUCCUGUUUUUGCGCUAAGCUAAGCUAAGCUAAGCUAGUAACUGUCUGGUUCCAUCUGCCCAAAACCAAACAUAUAAAUAAGAGGCCAAACCGAUUCACCCAGAGUAACUUCACAGCCUGAUGCAACAAAUGUCCCAUUUUGAAAUUCAGAACUGAUUAUUCCUUUUAAUGUGACUUUAACUGUAGCUAAAACGGUACAAACAUUAUUUAACACUUUUAAUUUUGCACAUUUGCAGAGCCUCAUUUAUUAAUUUGUUAAAAAAUACAUAAUUAUUAUUUUUCUGCCUUUUUUUGUUAUGAAUUAAUUCCUGUGAAUGAUUAAGAACAAUAAAAGUGAAUCAAAGCUUGUUCUCUUAAAACAAAUAUCCUGAAUGCAUUUAGAAAAUCUAGAAGCGAUGUUCCCUCAGUGGUUAAUGGACGUUUAUGUGACUUAAACUGUGGCUACGGAGGCACAAACAUACUUAACAUUUUUUUAAUUUUGCACUCACAUCUGCAGAGCCUCAUUUCUUAAUUUGUAAAAAUAUAUAUUUAUAUUUUGCAUCUUUUUUUCAUUGUGAAUUAAUUUCUGUGAAUGAUUAAGACGACUCAGUAUUUAGUUCUCAUCUGAUAAACGUUAAUUAAAGCCUCUAACUAACUGGCGAUGUAAACCAGCUGCUACUUUAGCUAAAGGUUUUAUCCUGUUGAUGCCCGCUUUUGUUCUAAGCUAAGCUAAGCUAGGCUAAGCUAAGCUAAUCGGUGUCUGGUUCCACCUGCCCAGAACCAAACAAACAAACUGCUGAGAGCAGCUUUAAGUAGCUCAGUGGAGUCUUUUUAUUGCAGCCGGCUGGAAUAUUCUGAUCCGGAUGUUUAAACUCAACAUCUGACGAUCAUUGUGCAGGGUUUUAGUCGAUGGUUUUGCAGGGAAAUUGCACGUGAUUUUAUCUGUUUAUCAAACACCAUUUAACAUUUUUAAUUUUUUGCACUUUACGUGAUCACAUCUCCAGAUCCUCAGCAGCUUUUUGUUGUAAAUUAUUUCUGCUCCUCCUCCUCCUCUAAACAGAGAAACGAAUCGUACCAGUGUUCAAAAAUACUCCAGAGCUAACAGUUCGCUGCUGUUUCUGUUUCUGAUCCAUCGUUCAGUUUCUGACAGAGAUGAAUAAAGACAGCCUUGGGUUUUGUGAGUCUCUCCGUGUACGAACUUUAUCGAUGUGCAGUUGCGUUCUUUUUAGAAUAUGCCCAUGUAAUAUGAAGAUGUAACAGAUCUAUCAUUGUGACAUUUGAUUUUGCUGUACAGAUGAAAUUUGUCAAUUUAAUAAAAAAAACAAAUGUCUGCAGUUUUUCCUA